AUGGGGGAUGACCAAUUGUUGUAUGUCAUUAAAUGUUCGAAGUACUAUGCGGAGUGGACGGACCGACAUUGUGGGUAUCAGACUUUAUAUGACAGUGAUACUGAUGGUCUUUCCAACUUAACUUUGAACCAUAAAGUGAUGAAUAAGCCACACUGUCUCUUCAUUUGUUUUGCACACGACCACAUCUUUGGCACCUAUUCAAAUCGAAAAAUCACAACUAUCGACCCCCUUUCUGAUGACUAUGAAAAGUCCAAAGACUCCAAAAACUUUGCAUUCUCCUUGUUAGCACCACACUUGGAGUCUCCUCGUAAAUACCCCCUUCUUCCUGGAAAGCGGGGCUCCUUGUCUUUGCAUGACAUGAACACUCCUUGUUGGUUUGACUUUGGCUACGGGGCAAGUCGCGUUUAUGUCCACAAACCAACAUCAAAGAGUUUCGUUAAACAGUUAGCUCGAAGUUAUGAAGGCCUUACUGAUGAAGACUAUGUGGGCUGUUCUUUCCCAAGUGGAUUCACUUGUACGAGGAUUGUAGUGUUACAAAUAAAUUAA